AUGAUACAUAUGCUAUUCUAUUACGUAAGAGGGUUUAUAAUUUAUUUUUCUUUUGCUUUACUAAUACAUACAAUUUUGUAUUGUCUCCCUUUUAUUCCAGUAAUAAUUAAUAACCAUUAUCAAAUAGAUUUUACAUCAGUUAUUCCUAUUCUCUCUACUUUGAAGUAUAUAUAUGUAUAUAUAUAUAUAUAUAUGUCUACUACUUCAGAUACAAGUGAUAUACAUAACAACCAUACACCAUCACCUACAUCUAUUUCAAACACAACUAAUCAAUCUCAAUCAUCGUCAUACUUACAUUCGCAAUCCUUGUCACGCGAGCAACAGCCAAACUUUUUUAAACGAUUUAGUAAAUCAUUAAAUUUAUUUAAGCAACAACCAUCUACAUUUGCCACCGAAACUGUUGAUCAACAUAACACAUCCGAAUCACCAUCUAGUGGCUUAAAGAGGCUAAUAAGUAGGUUAUUGGGCAAAACAAAUCACUCAAAUACAGUUACUGUGAAAAAGAUGGAUAGUGGUGAUAGAGCUGAACAAAAUGCACCUGAUGGAAGUGAGCAGGAUAGACCGAACAGGGAUGGAGGGGAGCUGCCGAAUGUGAACCAGAAUUCGUUAAAUGAAUCACCCAUGGAUUAUGAACUGGAUUUCGAGUCCAGAGUAGCUGAAUUUUUCCCUGAUUCCCUGUAUCGAGAUAUACAGCAUAACACAAAUCACUUAGAAGAAACCACCCAGUCAACUACACAAGCAAAUUUUGAAACAACACAACCACAACAACCGGGUGAUCAAGCCGCAACGAAUAUUGGUGACAAUCAAUCUACUGAUGGAAACAACACCGACAACAUAAACAGUAGUAGUACCAACACCAACGAUAACGAAAGCAACCAAACUAAUCCAGACACAAACACAAAUAACGCCACGUCUGACGCUCAGACAAAUACAGAUGACCCAUUGUUGGGUGCUGACAACAAUAACGACGAUACUGACACCCACAACAGAGCAAUUGUGAUCACUGUCAACUACUUAUUUUCCGACCAAAACCGUCCUGAUAACCCAAAUCGAUCGGGUUCACUUGUACUUUCCUUACCCAACAAUACCAAUAAUCGUGACCCUAAUUCAAUACAAGAGUUUAUUAGAAUUGCAACACAAAUGGCUUAUACAUUGGUUAUGAAUGGCUUGCAGAACCAACCAAGAGGGAUUACACGAUCUAAAUUUGAACUGUUUGAGAAGAUGAAUGUUCGUCAUUUUGAUGAAGAUGAUUCUAAAGUUUGUUCGAUAUGCUUUGAAGAUUUUGAUGAUUUGGUGGAGGAAGGAGAAGAGGAAGAAGAAGAUGACGAUGAUGAUGGACAAGCUUCAGUUGAUGAUGAACUAGAGAAUCAGAGUGGAGGUAAUAAGGAGGAAGAUAAAGAGGGGUACGUGGUGCGAAAGAGGAGAAGAUUGGUUAACAAGACAUCACGAUUAUUUAGAAGAUUUUCAAGAUCACAUACAGAAGCAAUUGAAGAUGGAGAGAGACGUACCCCAAAUGUUUCUGAAACCAGCUCAGUUAGUGAUUAUGCGACCCCCUUUGCAUCAAACAACUCAUCUGUUAGACCUAAUAUCGGAACACCAACGUCUUCAAAUAACACAUCACCCACUACAAAUAGAACUCAACCGCUGCAUCAACCUCAAUCAACAACACAAGCGGCGCAAACAGCACAUACAGCACAAACAGUGCAAUCAGGGCAAACGAAUCAAGGUGCAUCACGACCUGUAUAUUUGAUUGAUGUGAAGGAUCCAUUUGGCCAUUCCCCUAUCAAAAUGCCAUGCAAUCAUAUCUUUGGUCAAGAUUGCUUAAGUGAGUGGUUGAAACUGCAUUCGACAUGUCCAUUGUGUAGGUAUUCUGUUGCUGAGCCGGUCGCAUCAGAAGGAGCAAACACCAGUAGAGGAGGUUCUGGUGGUUCACCAGUUACAGGUUCAGGUUUAGGUUCAGGUCCAGUUCCGGGUCUUUUCCAAGGUGUAGGACUACCUCAAGCUCAACAUCAACAAAUCAACGGACAAAAUUAUACUUUCUACACCAUUCCACAUGAAUCCCUUCCUGAUCUUGAUAAUAACCGUAAUAAUGUUGGAGGUGGUAAUGUUGAUGAUGUUACUCAAGCCAAUUUUGCCAAUCGGUUAGCUCUGUUGUUGAGACCCGCAUUGAUGGGUCAAACAAAUAGUCAAGGUGGUGUAGCAGGUGCAAGUGUUGGACGUGAUGAUGCAACUAAUGAUGCUGCGAGUGAUGCAGGUAAUCCAUCAAUCGAACCGCUUUUGCGUGUGAUGCAACAAGCAAGAGAAGCAAGAGAACGUAUGGUGAGGGGUGAAACUGGAGAGAAUAAUUUACGAUCUACCAGGCGUGAUACAACUCAACCUCCAACGUAUAUUCAAGCAUUGCGUAAUCAAGGUGAACGGCCAUUUGCUCGACUUCGAGAUACAUCUCCUGGUUUUGAUGAAAGGAUGACUCCAAUUGGUGGAAGUGGGUUACAAGGAGAUGAAGAAAGAACAACAAGGUCAAGAAGUAUAAAUACUGGAUUUAGAGACAGAAUGAGAAACAGAAAUGGUCAUCAUGAUGAAGAUCAAGAACGUUCAAGGUCUUUCUUACCUGGGUAUAGUGAAAUUAUGAACUAUAUUAGAAAUGGGUUUUCGGGUUUGAGAAAUACAUCAAGUCGACUUAAUGGAGAUCACAAUAGUGACAACGAUGAUAGAGAACCUGGUGAUUUUGAAACUAGAAGACGACGUGAGAUGACGUUACAUCCUGGUGGAUUGGUUAGUAUGCGUACUGCUAAUGGUAUUGAAACUUUUACUGAUGAAGAAGUUGAACGAAUGUUGAAUCGACAAGAUGGGAGUGUUGGUGAACCUACGCUGAGACCACAAAGAAGGGAUGCUAGUGCUAAUGUUAGUGCUAAUGCCAAUGCCAAUGCCAGUGCCAGUGCCAGUGCCAAUGGUGGUGGCGGUGAUGAAGAUAAUCAAGACGUGGAUGAACCUCUAGGACUUAUUGAUGAUGAUGAGAUAGAAGAAGGUAGAAGGGGUCUGCUUGAUUCACUUUCGUACCAUCGUCGAAACUACCGUUGA